UUAGUGAUGCGUCGGUGUCAGUGACGGUGUCGGUGAGCAGCUCUUGGUGUCCACGCACGUUAAAGUGACGGGACAGCGGAUGUCGGACGGUCACGUGACUCGGACUCGGACAACGAUGGAGCUUUUUCUUGUCCUCGUGUCUCUUCUUUUCGUGACUCGCUGUGGAAAAACUACUGCUGAGGAAAGCGCUCCAGCCGUCAUCAACAUGGUGGUGAGAGAAGGGGACGAUGCAGUUUUAAGCUGUUCCUUGGGCAGCAGGAGCAUCAAGCAGGAGCUGUUUGACUGGAAGAAAGACGGUCAGAAGGAGGUGUUCAUGUACGAUCGGGGCUCUCACUACAACAACGACCCCUCAAGCCAAGACCCCGACUUCAGAGGACGAGUCUUUCAUUUUGCACAACAGCUGGAUGUCGGUAACGCCUCUGUAGUUAUCAGACCAACAAAGGUGACUGACAGUGGAAGCUACACCUGUGAUUUUCCCUUUCAUCAGCCACGCAGAAGAUCACACAUUGUUCUUGUUGUUGGUGCAGCUCCAGAGCCAUACGUCAAAACACUUGGUCAAACAGAGAAUGGAGUCAAGCUUCAGUGUACUGUUAAAGGUGCGUCUCCUAAACCUAAAGUUCAUUGGCAGGACAGAGCUGGAAACAUUGUUCCUGGUGAAGAGCCACAGGUUUCUGAAAGAGGAGGCAGCUACGACAUCAUCCUUCAAACUACUGUGACCAAGACUGACUUUUAUCAGUGUGUCGCCACACAGGAGGAAAUCAACCACAGGGUUUCUGAGGAGACAUUUGCUGCAGUCCUUCCGGAGAAUUACACUGGAGGAAUGGUUGUUGGUAUCAUUGUUGGUGCAGUCGUGACUCUUCUGAUUGGUGGUGUUGCUGUGUUUUUAUGGUGCAAAUGUAAUAAACAUCAACCAACAAAGUCCAGAGUCCCCACUGAUGAGGCUGGUCUUUAACCUUUGACCUCUGACCACCUUCACCAUAGUAACAAGGUGAAAGGUCACUUUGUCAAGGUUGUGAAAUGUGCAUGAAGCUCAAUAUUCAUCCAGAACGUUUUGGAAGACGAUGGACUGAAGGUGAAGGUCUGAACAAUCUGCUCCAAAAACAAAACAUUUUUAGUAUUAUUUUAUUUAUUUUUAAACAUAAAUUCACUUCCAUUAGAAAAAACUCUAAAAAAUCUAAAACUGAUAUUGAUCAGAAUCAGAACGAUUCCCUGUCAUGUGACAUCAUCUCAUCAGUGAUGUCAUAUGGCGUAUUUCCACCGGUUUCCACUAGCAUACUACCUGAUACCAGGUAAUAUUUUUAGUAUCUGCUCCGGUGAGGUUCCAAAAGCGUGCUAGUAGUAGGUACUAUGCGAUGAUUGGUCAGACUGCUGGCCACUGACUGGCCAGUGUGCCGUCACAGGAAGAGAUGUCCCACACAGAAAUCAAGCCGAACAGCGCCAAACUGUAGAUCAGUUAAAACUACUUGACAACCCUAAAAACGUGGGUUAAUCUCCAACAAUUAACUGAGAAAUGUCUCAAAUCUUAGUAUUUAACAGAGGAGCCUGGUCUGCGACUGCUGUGUCACAAUAUUUAUGUUUUUAAUCAGAAUCAAACUUAAGAAACUGAGAGAAGAAGAAAAGAAAAGUCAAAACAGGACGAAAACAAAAGAAUCACGCUGUUACUCAGCAGUUUUUGGGUUUUUUUGAAAAGUGACUUUAAGAACUAACAUUUUUUAGUGUUUAAAGCUAAAAGAGACCAAAGAAGCUCCAGUUACUUGAUGGUCACAUGUUAAAGCGGGGGUCACAUGAUCGUACACACUGAUACAUAUUUACUGUGACAGUCUGAAGACGUGGGAAACAUGGUGGCAAAGUGGCUACGCUAACUAGCUACGCAAUGACUGAUCAGU